GGCACACACCCGCACGCACGCCCCAGCACACACUCCCGCACUCCCACGCCCGCCCCCGAGCCCAGUGGCCGAACCACGCCACGCGUGCCUAGCCAGCCCACCGGCAGCCCCCGCCGCUCCCACCGCCCCCGGGCCCCGAUGGACUGAAUGAAGGCUGCCUACACCGCCUAUCGAUGCCUCACCAAAGACCUAGAAGGCUGCGCCAUGAACCCGGAGCUGACAAUGGAAAGUCUGGGCACUUUGCACGGGCCGGUCGGCGGCGGCAGCGGCGGGGGCGGCGGCGGGGGCGGAGGGGGCGGGGGCGGGGGCCCGGGCCAUGAACAGGAGCUGCUGGCCAGCCCCAGCCCCCACCACGCGGGCCGCGGCGGUGCUGGCUCGCUGCGUGGCCCGCCGCCGCCGCCAGCCGCGCAUCAGGAGCUGGGCACCGCGGCAGCGGCGGCAGCCGCGGCAUCGCGUUCGGCCAUGGUCACCAGUAUGGCCUCGAUCCUGGACGGCAGCGACUACCGGCCUGAGCUCUCCAUCCCGCUGCACCACGCUAUGAGUAUGUCCUGCGACUCGUCCCCGCCAGGCAUGGGCAUGAGCAACACCUACACUACGCUGACUCCGCUCCAGCCGCUGCCACCCAUCUCCACGGUGUCAGACAAGUUCCACCACCCGCACCCUCACCACCACCCUCACCACCACCAUCACCACCACCAUCACCAUCAGCGUCUGUCGGGCAACGUCAGUGGCAGCUUCACCCUCAUGCGCGACGAGCGCGGGCUUCCGUCCAUGAACAACCUUUAUAGCCCUUACAAGGAGAUGCCUAGUAUGAGCCAGAGCCUGUCUCCGCUGGCUGCCACCCCGCUGGGCAACGGACUGGGUGGCCUUCACAACGCUCAGCAGAGCCUGCCCAACUAUGGUCCGCCGGGCCACGACAAAAUGCUCAGCCCCAAUUUCGACGCGCACCACACUGCCAUGCUGACCCGCGGUGAGCAACACCUGUCCCGAGGCCUGGGCACUCCGCCUGCAGCCAUGAUGUCUCACCUCAAUGGCUUGCACCACCCGGGCCAUACUCAGUCCCAUGGGCCAGUGCUGGCUCCUAGCCGCGAGCGGCCCCCUUCAUCCUCCUCGGGGUCGCAGGUGGCCACGUCGGGACAGCUAGAGGAGAUCAACACCAAAGAGGUGGCCCAGCGUAUCACCGCCGAGCUGAAGCGCUACAGCAUCCCACAGGCUAUCUUCGCACAGAGGGUUCUAUGCCGGUCUCAGGGGACUCUCUCCGACCUGCUCCGGAAUCCCAAACCCUGGAGUAAACUCAAAUCUGGCAGGGAGACCUUCCGCAGGAUGUGGAAGUGGCUGCAGGAGCCCGAGUUCCAGCGCAUGUCUGCCUUACGCCUGGCAGCGUGCAAACGCAAGGAGCAAGAACCCAGCAAAGACAGGAACAACUCCCAGAAGAAAUCCCGCCUGGUGUUCACGGACCUCCAACGCCGAACGCUCUUUGCCAUCUUCAAGGAGAACAAGCGUCCUUCGAAGGAAAUGCAGAUCACCAUCUCCCAGCAACUGGGGCUGGAGCUGACCACGGUCAGUAACUUCUUCAUGAACGCCCGGCGCCGCAGCCUGGAGAAAUGGCAAGAUGACCUAAGCACGGGGGGCUCCUCCUCCACCUCCAGCACUUGUACCAAAGCAUGAUCCAAGGACUCUCACCUGGGCACAAGUCACCUCCAAAUGAGGACAACAGAUACCAAAAAAACCAAAAUACCAAAAAAAAAAAAAAAAAAAAAAAACCAAAAAACACAGACAUCAGAUUCUUAGCUGGGGCCCUUCACUGGUGACUUGAAAGCACAAUUCUCUUGAAACGUCUCUUCUAGCUGUAAUCAUAGGCCAGGUGUUCAUUGUGUUCGCUUUUGUUUUAAAUGGCUACAGAGUCCAAGUGCGCGCUGAAAACGAAUCUCUCCGAACCAGACAGUAUCCUCUGAGCAUGCUAGGCAUUCCAGAGAUCCAAAUGGGGCCUUCUUGGAGCCAGUUCACUACAGCAGGGUGUCAGUCGAGCUCAGCAUGGCUGUAAGCGUCAACAGUCCCAUUCGGGCCCUGUCAAUCUCUUGCAUCUGUUGCCCACGAGUAAUAGUGGGAAUUUGGCCUGAGUAAAGACACAGCGCAGGAUUCCAAGACACUAUGUGAUGAAAAGAAUUCAACAACAAGAAAGACCUCAUUUGCUUCCCAAGUGCUUAGCGUCUUUAUAUCACAAUAUACUAAAAAUCCUCAGCCAUAACAUUACAAAAAAAAAUCAGAACGGUAAUUACUGAGCACAAGUUUUAAAUAUGAAAAUCAAUAAAAAUCCAAGGACCUGUUUUUUUUCCAACUCAGGCAUUUUUUCACUGGAUAGUUUAGAAAGUUUUAGGUUGAUUAGUUUACAAUGUUCCUUUUCUUACCUCCUGGAAAUCUCAUGUGGUCUUUUGGAUCCAUCGGGGGAAAAAAAAUAAAAGUCAGUUCACUUGAGCUCAAAGUAUCAAGCACAACGAAGAUAAAACAGAAAUAAGGAAGGUUCUGGUUUCAAUGCAUCCAGUUUGACAAGGCGGUUUAGAUCUGCCUUGCUUGUGUGAAGUCAUUAGGGAAUCAUUGGAAAUAUGGCUUCAAGCACACUUUGCAGUUUGUUACAAAUUCUAUUUGUCCAUAAGGCAGAUGCACACUCAGGAGGCCAAGUUAACUGUUACAGUAGAGGAGCAAAUGCAUCGUUUAAAAAGAUGUAGAUUUUUUUUAGAUCAUUACCAUGUCCUUGAUUUACUAGUCAUCCGGUUCCUCCUCUGUGCAUUACGAGAACUACCAUGCGGUUCGUUCUCAUUCUUGCUGAUUUAUGUUGUUCCCUAUCCCAUCCCAUGAGUUGGGAUGCUUCUGUUGUUUUCUAGAAAGAAACAGUUCAAUAAGCCACAUCCUGUCGUCUCUUCCUAACUCUCCUCCAUUGUUGAUUCAUCCUUGUAAAACAGCUGACUGAAUCUGGAAAGAACACAGCACACCAAAGAAGCAGAAUACUGCAAACCAAAGACAUUUAUUACCUGCCAUUUUCUAGCCUACAAAUACUGUGAUUACUUUUAGAGAUCAGAACACCUCUGUAACUCCGAGUGGCAGUCGGCUCUUGUCUUGGGCUCACCCUCUGGCUGAGCAAACCAGCUAUGUCAAUGACAUUUGCCAAGCAUCCAGGCGGUGGCUUCACCACGCCAGCUCUGGUUGUCACUUUCUCAUAGCGAGUGGAAGAGGGCCCACAGAACUCUGGGAGAUUACAAAGGUCACUAUGUGCAUACUUACCAGUGAAUGGCCCCAGGUGGGCACCGUGAGGUGUUCCAAGCAAGCCAAACGCUGCAAUGAUUCUUUACAGACACUUAAGACUGACUUUUGUAUGAAUUACUUAAUUGAAACCAAAGAAUCUUUUUCUGCACCUACUUCUGCAACAAACAGAACUGUCCCAUUAACUGAGUAAAUGAUCCCAUCAAUCACCGGAAAUCACCACCAACAAGAAAAGCACGCUAAAAUAAAAACAAAAAUGGAAAAAAAAAAAAAAAAAAAACACCGAAGACACACUGUGUUCAAACAGACCUCUUGGGACAUUUUUUUUUUUUUUUGGAAGCAGAUUUGAAAGGGUUGAGACAAGAAUCAGAACACAGAAGAGCCUCAGUGGCCACUGCUUCAUUUGACAACUCACUCGGUAAUCUUAAAGCUGAAGAUUGUCUUUAAUUUGUGCCUAUGCAGUUUUUUCAAAAGAACAUGGAACAGAGCAACAGAAACCUCAACAGCUACAAUACCAAAGACGAGGAUUCUCACACCUUUUGUCUCAGUUCGUUACCUUCUUUUGCCUGGCUAAAAUACUAAUAGCGUCGUUGAUCUGUACAAAGGUAAUUGAUUUCGUUUCUUUACGCAACGAAAGGAAAGGGUCAUUUGUUUGAUUUCAUUGCUUUCCCUUUAGUUUUGUCUUAUGGCUUUUUACUCAGCACGGAACCCCCCCCCCACAAAAGGUUCCAUGGACCCCAAAUUUGAGAUGUUGGGAUACUGAAUGCUGUUCCCCUUUCUCUUCAACAGAGUCUGGGAUAUACCUAUUGUCGCUUGAAUGUUUGUUGCUUACCCCUUCGACUUGGUUGCUUCUAUGUUCAGUGUCUCAUUAUUAGGGGAGGGGAGGGGAGCAAGGGUCAGGGGUAGGAGUCUUGGUGAUACGUCCUCUCCAGAGCCACAGAACCAAAGAAUUUAUAGAGAAAUUUACAACCUCAUCUUCAUGUGAUUGCCACAUAUUAACAGGGCUUCAUUUGGGGGUGGGGAAACAUGUAAAAAAAAGAAUUGCCAGUUUCUACUUUUCUAUUAGCUUUUUAAAAAAAAAUCAGCUGUAAAGUUGCAUUUCUAAAGAAAGAUAUAAAUAUAUAUAUAUAUUAAAUGUAUGAGUACAUAUAUAGACCAACCUGCAUUGGUGACAACCCAAAGUUUUGCUGUCAUCAUGCCAUCUUUUUGUCAUAUGUUCCAUUUUCUGAGUAUUCGGUUCACAACUGUUCUCAUUUCUCAUACCAUUCCAGAGUUAAUUUGCCACUAUGGUUGUCUGGCAGUAUUCAUAUUUCUAUGUCAAUUUAUGGGAAAAGUUGAAAGUCACAUUUAAGUAUUACUACAUGUAACCUGUUGAUGAAUGGAUUCAUGAUAUAAAUGAGUUUUAUUUGCAUCUA